UUUAAACUGUGCAAAAUGUCGGUGCGCUUGGGACUUAUUCUUGUGGGCCUGCUGUCCCUUGUAGCCCUCAGCCGAUCCGCCUCUGUCAGCACCCACAUCGUAGGUGGGGACCUGGCGGACAUUUCGGACUUCCCCUACCAGGUGUCGGUUCGCCUGGAGACGUACAUGCUGCUCCACAUCUGCGGCGGCAGCAUCUACGCGCCCAAUGUGGUGCUAACUGCCGCCCACUGCAUCAAGGGACGUUACGCUUCGUACAUUCGCAUCGUGUCAGGACUGAACUCGAUUGCCGAUCUGGAUGAGAUGGGCGUGAAGGUCAGCAAACUGAUCUAUCACAGUGGCUACAACAAGAAGACCUAUGUGAACGACAUUGGCUUGAUCAUAACCCGAGAGCCACUGGAGUACUCGGGCCUCGUGCAGCCCAUACCCUUGGCAGUGGAGGCCCCACCAUCGGGAGCACAUGCCGUUGUCAGCGGAUGGGGCAAGCGUACCGAGGAGGACGAGGCGUUGCCCGCCUUGUUGCGUGCCGUGGAGCUAGAAAUUGUCGACCGAAGUGCAUGCGGCGACCAAUAUCUGACCAAGGAUUACACUAUCACCGAGGAAAUGCUAUGUGCCGGCUACUUGGAGGGUGGAAAGGACUCCUGCAAUGGUGACUCCGGUGGUCCAUUGGCUGUGGAUGGUGUCUUGGUGGGCAUCGUUUCGUGGGGUGUUGGCUGUGGCCGGGAAGGAUUUCCCGGAGUGUACACUAGUAUCACUUCACACAUUGAAUGGAUCGAAGAACAGGCCGCACCCUACCUCUAAAUUUUAGAGAAGAGCUGAAGAGCUGCAAGCGAACAAAAUAACCGAACAAAUUAUUUAAACAUUAUUAGCUAUCAUACCUAUAAUAAAUAACAAAUGAGCAUUUAA